CCUCCCUCCAUGAGCGCGCAGGAGGAUCUCAGGGCGCACGCACUGAGCGAAGUUUACGCUCAGUCCGACUCAGCUUUGCCUUCAGUUGAUUUGACCCAAUAAAGUAGGUUUCUCUAAGGAGUAUUUCUAUUUUUCUCGUGUGUCUGUUUCCACGCAAGAGAAGAAAACAGAUACAACUUUUUUUUCCGAUGGGAAUUUCAUCCCCGCGUAAAUUUUUGGCACACUUUUUCGCUCGGUGAAUUCACGGAGCCCCUUUUUUCCUGGAAACAUGCCGGAGCGAAUAAGCAUUUCGGAUUUUUUGGUGCUGACAAAUGAGGAUUUGUCUUCGCCCGGGACGUCCAGCUUCCAGUCCAAGAUGAGUGACUGCAAGAACACCGUUUCAGCGGUGGAAGAGUGUCUAGAGAUGGACAACUCAACUCUGCAGAGAAUGAAGAAGACGAUUAAGGCUAUACACACGUCUGGACUCUCCCAUGUGGAAAACAAGGAGCAGUACAUUGAGGUGAUGGAGAACUUGGGGAACAGCCACUUGAGCCAGGACAACGUUGAAAUCUCCACAGGUUUCCUUAACUUGGCUGUUUUCACCAGAGAGGUCACGGCACUCUUCAAAAACCUGGUGCAAAACCUCAACAACAUCAUGGCGUUUCCUUUGGAAAAUGUGCUGAAGUCUGAACUCCGGGACAGCAGAUUAGAACUCAAGAAACACAUGGAGAAAAGUUGGAAGGAUUACGACAUUAAAUUGGGAAAGUUGGAAAAGGAUAGAAGGGAGAAGGCGCGGCAGCUGGGACUGAUCAGGAGAGAGGGAUCCGACGGAGGGGAGGACAUGGAAAGGGAGAGGAGGAUCUUCCAGCUGCAGAUGUGUGAGUAUCUGUUGAAGAUCCAAGAGCUGAAGGUGCGUCAGGGACCUGACCUUCUCCAAAGCCUUAUUAAAUAUUUCCAAGCCCAGCUCAGUUUUUUUCAGGAUGGGCUGAAGGCUGCAGAGAACCUCGCUCCAUUCGUUGAGAAAAUUGCCUCUUCUAUUCACACGAUACGACUGGAGCAGGAUGAGGAGGUAAAAAAGCUUCUUCAGCUGAGGGAUUCUCUCAGGUUACUUCUUCAGGUUGAGGGCAAAGAGGAGUACCUGAACCGGAAGAAUUCAGGGAAUGGCUAUAGCAUCCACCAACCACAAGGAAACAAGAAAUAUGGGACAGAGAAAUCUGGCUUUCUCCAAAAAAAGAGCGAUGGGAUCAGAAAGGUUUGGCAAAGGAGGAAAUGUGGAGUCAAAUUUGGAUACUUGACUAUUUCCCACAGUACGAUCAAUCGACCGCCGGCCAAACUGAACCUUCUGACCUGUCAGGUGCGACCCAACCCGGAGGACAGGAAGACCUUUGACUUGAUCACUCAUAACCGGACAUAUCAUUUUCAGGCUGAUGAUGAGCAGGAAUGUAUGAUCUGGGUGUCAGUGCUGCAGAACAGUAAAGAGCAGGCCCUGAACACAGCGCUGGGAGGAGAUCAGCUCCAUGUCCAGGACAGCGGCCUGCAGGAACUUUCACAGUCCAUCAUCGCUGAUCUGCGCCACAUGCCAGGCAACGAGGCGUGUGCUGACUGUGGUGCUCCAGAUCCAACAUGGCUGUCUACCAACCUGGGCAUCCUUACAUGCAUCGAAUGCUCUGGCAUCCAUAGAGAUUUAGGAGUUCAUUACUCCAGGAUUCAGUCGCUCACUCUGGACCUGCUCAGCACCUCAGAACUGCUGUUGGCUGUCAGCAUCGGCAACACUAGAUUUAAUGACAUCAUGGAGGCAGGACUCCCAAAUGACUCUGUGAAACCGUUGCCACAAAGUGACAUGAAUGCCAGGAAGGAGUACAUUGUGGCAAAGUAUGCAGAGCGUCGGUACGUCCUCCGCAGGGAUGAGUCUGAUCCGGGUCGCUUGUAUGACGCAGUCAGGAGCCGCGACCUUGUUUUGCUUCUGCAGCUCUAUGCUGAGGGAACGGACCUGUCCAAGCCGCUGACUCUUCCUGAAGGACAGGGGAUGGGAGAGACGGCUCUUCACCUCGCCGUACGUCUAGAGGAGAGAAGUUCUCUGGCGCUGGUGGAUUUCCUCUGCCAGAACAGCAACUGUCUGGAGAAGACAACAGUGGAUGGGAACACAGCUCUUCACUACAGCGUCUUACAGCACAAAACCGAGUCACUUAAGCUUCUGCUCAAAGCAAAAGCUUCUAUUCGCACAGUGAACUCAAGUGGAGAAACGGCUCUAGACAUGGCAAAGAGGCUGCAGCACACUCACUGCAUCGAGCUGUUGGAGCUGGCCAAAAAUGGGAAGUUCAACUCUCAGAUCCACGUGGAGUACAUGUGGGAGAGCCAGUCUCAGGAGUUCUAUGACAGCGAGGAUGACCUGGAUGAGAGAGUGAGUCCGUUGCCCAAAAACCGCUCCCCUCCUUCAAACGGCGGCGGUGGUUCCUCCUUUGCCCAGUGGGUGGGUAGCAAUGGUUCAGGCUUGGGCGUUAGACCCUGUCAGACAUAUGAGAACCUGGAGUUCCUGUACAAGAACCCUCCUGGCAACAGCGGCCAUAUGGGAGCAUCCUUACCACCACCGCUGCCAGCCAAAUCCGUCCAAAGAGGCCGUUCAGACCCCCAGAUAUCAGUCACAGCAGCACAGGAGGGGAACCACAUCCCACGGCGCUGCUCUAACCCGUCACCACACUCCUCCAGUCCUCAAACACAAGCAAAACAAAGUUUCUCUUCAUCAAAUACAGAAAUCCACAGUCAGAGUGUGAGACCCCCGCGCUCCCCCCAUGGACAGGGAGGUCUUCAACGAACACAUAGGCAGACCUGGGAUGGCCAACCUGGUUGUUUCCCACAGCCACCCAACCAGAGUCACAGUGGACCUGUCAGUUCAGAGAAGACCACAUCCUAUCGUCGGACCAGCAGUGGAGGGAUCAGCCAUGGAAAGUGUAGCUCUGAGUCUCUGAGCUGUGUGGGCAGCCAGGAGGAGCUCUACUGCAGCUUAGCGGGAGGCGCUAACAGCUCUAUUCCUUCUCCAGCACCUCGUCCCCGCAGGAAUGCUAUGGUCUCUGUCAGCAGGCCAAACAAGCGUGUCAAGGCUCUGGUGGACUGCCGAGCGGUCAGCUCAGAGCAGCUUGCUUUCUUUAAAGAUGAAGUCAUUGUGGUCACAGCCAUUAAUGACCCCCACUGGUGGGUUGGCCACAUAGAGGGCGAUCCGUCCAGGAGUGGGACCUUUCCUGUCAACUACGUGCACAAACUAACAGACUGAUGUUAGUUUGUACUUUGGAGCCUUGGGACUUCAUCACCACAUGUGAAAAAAA